AUGCCUCUCCGAAAGGUCUUAAAAUCUCUUGCUCGUCCGGCCAGUCUCGAAGUGCAGUGCACGCACAUCACAAUGACUCGUGUAUACGGACCAACCCAUCUCUGCAGCGCCUGCCGCCGGCCAGGUCCCUUUGGCUGGGUAUACCAGUGCACCCAAGACAAGGAGGGCAUCAUCGACGACGCCCUCGCCCAAGGCGAUCUUAACUGCUCUGACCAGGUUGGACUCGCCAUGUUUGGCCAGGUCAAUACGCCGCGCAGCAAUGUCCCCGAAUCCCAAGACAAGUUCAGCUUUCUGGACCAAAUCAGCUUUGAGAAGAUGGCCAGCUACCGUCCCGACCAAAUUGCCACACUUCUGCGGCAAAAAGAAAAGGUCCAGGUGAUAAUUCAGCGAGACCGCAUGACCCAAAACGGAACCUCACUAUUUGCCCACAACGGCCUCUUUGACCUCUCUGAGCCCCUGCCUAAUCCAUACGAGUAUCGGAAGCUGUAG